AUGCACCUCCAGAUCAGCGCUCCACCCCAGGAGGACAGAGGGAGGAAGGCAGGCAGAGCCGGCACUUGGGGACGGCAGUGGUCCGAGCGGUUCCGGAGCAGGAGCUCUUCUCAGAGAGGCAGGGACAGACCGGCAGCGGACACCCUGGCGCCCCCCACAGCCCCUGCCCCCCGAGGGCUGGUUCCGUGGCAGGGGCUCCUGCUGGCAGUCUCACUCUUAACCUGGAACCUGCUCACAACUGCCCAGCUCGCUGUGGAGUCGGUGCCGCCCAAUGCUGUCCAAGGGCAGGAUGUUCUUCUGCUUGCUCGCAAUCCUCCUGAGAGUCUUCUAGGCUAUGCCUGGUACAAAGGGGACCAUGUAAAUUUCAACUCUACAAUUGUAUCAUAUGUAAUAAACACACAAGCAGUUACCCCAGGGAUCGCAUACAGCAGCCGAGAGACAAUAUACCUCAGUGGAUCCCUGUUGUUCCAGAAUGUCACCCAAGAGGACACAGGAUACUACACCCUACAAGCCUUACACGGAAGUCUUCUGAGUACAACAGCAGCUGUCCAGCUUGGUGUCUACCGGGUAAGGAUUCCUUUACACAUAAAAAUGCAUAAGACGUCAGCACUUUUUCUUAAAGAACAACAUGUUCCACUGAGAGUCCACAUAGACUGUCCUAUGAGUGAGGAGUUUGGCACUUGGCCAAGAAAACUUAUGCAUGAUUUUUCAUGUCCAACUAUUGACAAUUACAAAGGCUUUACCUGGCAAGACUUUCAGGGGUAACCUGCUAAGAGAUCUCGGCCUCUUCCACUUUUGCUUUUGGUGAGAGGUUCAAAUGCUGAAAAACAUCUGCCAGUGUGAAAGGAGCUUUACCUGGACCACCCCCAGUGGCAAUAAAAAACCUAGCCAGUCUCCUUUCCCUGUUCUCACGGGCUGUUUUUGGACCUGCUUGGGAAUCAUUCUGCUCUCCCCAGAAAGCUUUUUGAUGUGAG